AGAGUUAAAACGUGUUUUCGUGCGGGUGUAGUGAUAGCUUGGCUUUUGUUCUGCCGUCGUUUAGAGUGAAGUGUCGGCAUUUUAGAACGUGAACGUGAAGUGUACUGCGAAGUCAACGACAACGUUGCAGUGGUAAAUAAUAAUACCAGCAAGAGCGAAAUUCUUGGAGUGAACAGCGACAGAGCUGAAAUAGCGUCGGCAGCGCGGUUAGUGUUAACAGUCGCAGCGGCAGCACAAAUCGUGGAUGUGUAGUAUUUUACGUGCGGUUUAUUCUGCAUUUUGCUGCUUAUUCGCUGUCGUAGAAGUUUGAAGUUAGUUGUAUUAAAGAUUUAUUCGUUGACAGCCAAUGAAAAUUUAUGCUCAUUCWAGCACUUAGACCAUAGUUACGUGAAACAAGCAUACAAUUCCUAUGCGCGUUGAGUUAAACUAAAAAUUCCAUAUGAAUUCGUUUCAUAACAUUUGAAACAGCUUAAAUAAAUAGAAGCCAAUAAAUUAUAGCACCUACACCAUGCCCAGACAUAAAUUGUUGCACACACACUAUCAGCUGUUCGCGUUUGCGCUUAUCAGCAUUGCACCGUUAAUCAGCUCUGAAACAAAUCGCCCGCCUGUCUUCACUCAAGUACUCAACAACAUUGUAUUGGAGGAGAAUGCAGCUGUUGGCACAGUGGUCGCUCAGUUGCAGGGCUACGAUCCGGAGGGUAGUAAUGUGACUUUUGGUGCCAUCGGUUCGGAGCACUUUGAAGUGGACCCCAUAACGGGCGUUAUUAAAUUAAUAAAACCUUUAGAUCGUGAGGAAAAAGACAGUCUACUGUUUUAUGUCACGAUACGUGAUCGUGUCAAUCCCGAUGGCGAAUCCGAACAGGAUAAUAUCGUACAAGUGCCAAUCACCAUAAUUGUGCUGGACGAAAAUGAUAAUCCACCAGAAUUUCAGAACACACCAUACGAGACAGAUGUGAAUGAGGACGCCGCCAUCGGCACAACCAUCUUCAAUCAAAUACUCGUAACAGACCGCGAUACCAUCGGAGAGAGUCUCGACCUCAAAUGUCUGCCGCAAGAGCAGAGUCCAGAGGCGUGCAACAAAUUCCGUUUGGAGCCAUUAUCGCGUGAGCCAACCGUCUUAAAGGCGGCYGUUGUGCUGAAUGACACGCUGAAUUAUAAUCAACGCAUGAUUUAUCACUUUCAAAUUGAAGCGACGGAUGGUGUACAUAAAUCACAAACGAAUUUCGAAGUCCGUGUCAAGGAUGUCCAGGAUAAGCCGCCUGUAUUUCAGGGCUCCUUGUCGGCGGUCAUCGAUGAGGAUAGUCCUAUUGGUACGUUGGUGCUGAAGGUGCAGGCGCGCGACGGCGACACAGGCGAACCGAGGAAAAUCGUUUACGAUUUGUUAACGAAUCCUAUGGACUAUUUCUUACUGGAUGAGAAAAGUGGUGAACUACGUACAGCCAAACCUUUAGAUCGCGAGGCACUUCCCGACAGCACCGGCCUGAUAACACUCACUGUUAGGGCCCGUGAACUCGUCAAUGGCACCGCCAGCAGUGACGCACUGACAAGUACYACCGCUCAGGCCACCAUAACCAUACGUGAUGUGAACGAUUCACCGCCUACCUUCAAUAAGAAGGAAUAUGAAGUUUCACUGCAAGAGAACACAGCACCCGAGAACACAGCACCCGGUACGCCACUCGCGCUCGACAUGAAUGURACAGAUCAUGAUGUUGGCAUCAAUUCGAAAUUCUCGUUACGCUUGGAUGAUGUAUCCGGCGUAUUUGAGGUGGAACCGAAGUAUGUAAAUGGUUUCUCACAAGUCAACAUACGUGUCGGCAACGGCACACUGGACUAUGAAAAUCCCAAUCAACGUAAAUUUAUUGUGCUCGUCAUUGCCGAGGAGACCGAUACGAAACCGAAAUUAUCCUCCACAGCCACCAUUACCAUAACCGUAUUGGAUGCCAACGAUAAUAAGCCAAUGUUCGAGCAUGAAUCAUAUUCGGCAAGCAUAUCGGAAGCGGCUGCACCCGGUCAAUAUGUUACCACCAUCACAGCGAAAGAUGUCGAUUCGGGUCAAUAUGGUGAUGCGGGUAUACGUUAUAGUCUAUCGGGCACCGGUGCUGAACUCUUUCACGUUAAUGAACAAACUGGUGUAAUAACAUUAGCCGAUUGCCAAGCAACGGUGGCUGUCGGUGCAGAUGGACGUGCCGGUCGGCAGCGACGUCAAUUGCACACGCAAACCGAUGCGACAGAUUACGCAUCGCUCUUAUCGCUCCUCAAUAUGGAUAACUACAGUCAAAUGCCAUCAACCGCCACAACAUCGACGGAGGAGGUUGAUAAUGAACAGCCCAAUGCUGCACUUUUUAAUGCGCUCGAUAUCAAUACAGAACCAACGGUAGAGUAUAAAGUCGUUACACAGUCGGAAGCACGCAGCAGCAUUAACGAUGUCAUUAGCGAAACAGCAGCUACAGCACCAACAGCAGUGGUGCCCACCCAUUUGCCGACAAUGUUGGAAAAUAGCGCAACAGCCACGGUCCGCCCUACGACGCCAACAAGCCAAGCUGAGAUAGUCCGACGAGCUGAGGUGCCGCGUACGUGCCUUGACUAUGAAACGGAGACCACGUACUUUCUGUCAUACAAAGCAACCGACGACGGCGGUCAAGGCCAAACAUCGGUGGUGCCGCUGCGUAUUUCAGUAACCGAUGCGAAUGAUUCGCCGCCGGUGUGUGAGAGUCCRUUGUAUCGCGCCGCUGUUGAYGAAGGCGCACACGUGUUCGAUUCGCCGUUGGUGGUGAAGGCGCGCGAUGCUGACACUAUUUCGGACAUAACCUAUCGCAUUAUUGGUGAUGAACAWAUCACAAGUGUUUUCGCCAUCGAUCGRCGUACGGGCCAAAUAACGGUACGUCCRAAUGCAACACUGGAUGUAACKUAUCUGAAGCGCGAUUAUUUGGUGUUUGCCGUCGAGGCGAAUGAUGGCGUUUUCACUACAAAUUGUGGUGUGAAUAUAACGGUACGUGAUGUGAAUAAUCAUGCGCCRCGCUUCCUUGCCGCUGAGUAUUCGGCAGUGGURGAGGAGAAUUCGGAAAUCGGCACCAGUGUCGAGAAGCUGCAAGCYGAGGAUUUAGAUUCGGGCAUAAAUGCGGAGAUCAGAUACCGCAUUGAGCAUGGCAGCUUCAAUGAUUUCCGCAUUGAUGAGCGUACCGGYGAUGUUUUUGUUUCGCGCAAACUGGAUUAUGACCGUCGCAAUACCUAUCACAUCGAAGUGCUCGCAACCGAUUUGGGUACCCCAAGUCUUUCGGGUACAACUACGCUAAUGGUAAACAUAAACAACAGCAACGAUAAAGAUCCAUACUUUACCCCGGCAACGCAGCAUGCGGAGAUACCCGAGGAUGCGCCUGUUGGCACUUUAGUUCACACUCUCAUCGCACUCGAUCCAGAUGUGCCCACCUACAGCGCUCUGGAAUUCGCAGGCACAGAUGUUGUCGCCAUCGAUAAGGACGGCAAAGAGGUGCCAAAUAGUGAACAGUUCAAAGAAUACUUUACCAUAAAUCGCAAGGGUCAGGUGAUCGUGAAUAAGGCGCUGGAUCGCGAUCUCUUUGCGGUCAUAAGAAUUAGCGUACUUGUUACGGACAGCACGGCGCCCACUGUGCAACAAGGACGUGGUUUGCUCAACAUACAAAUCACCGAUGUCAACAAAACACCACCGAAAUUCAAUCCACCAUGGACUGCCGAAAACCCUGUAAUCAAGCUACAAAUGAUCGAGGAGCAACCAAUCGGCUCAGUUUUGACAAUACUACAAGCUUAUGACGAUGACUCCACUAUUGGUGAAUAUAACAUAACACCAAAUGCAUAUUUCACCAUCAACAAGACGAGCGGUGUGAUCACCUCAACAGCGCGCAUUGACUAUGAAACACUGAAAGAGGUGAAAUUCAUUGCCACAGUGAGCGAUACCGGUGUACCGUCACUCACAUCGACCGCUGAAGUCACCGUCGAUAUCAUCAAUUUGAACGACAACGAGCCACACUUUAGCCAAACUGAGUAUCAUUUCAAUGUGACGGAGAAUUCACCGCGCGGCACAGUUGCCGGCAAAGUGGAGGCCUUCGAUGCUGAUAUUGGCACCUUCGGCGAAAUAACUUAUACGCUAAUUGGCGAGUAUAAUAAAUAUUUCAGCAUUGAUGCAUACACCGGCAGCAUAAUGGUGGCCGACGCAACGAUACUCGAUCGUGAGAAGAUUAGCGAAAUCACCUUGACGGCGGUGGCGCAGGACAAAGCGCCGACUACGGUGCAGAAAUCGGCAACAGCGGCGAUUCAUAUCAACGUGCUGGAUGUCAAUGAUAAUGCACCGAUUUUCACACAAACUCAAUACACCACAACGCUGGCUGAGAAUGCCGCCGUUAGUCCGCCGGCUGCAUUGCUGCAAGUGAAGGCGCUCGAUGCGGAUGAGGGUAUAUUCGGCGAUGUGCGUUAUUUCAUUACCGAUGGCAAUGAGCAGGGACUCUUCCGGCUGGACGCGCAAACCGGCAUUAUCUAUCCAGCGCAAAGCUUGAGUGGCAAGAAGGGUGUGUAUGCAUUGGAGGUUGUCGCACGUGAUACACAGGGCUCGGGCACAAUGGAGAGUCGCACGCGAGUGCUGAUCACAGUAAUGGGUGUGAAUCAUUAUCGGCCGGUAUUCGUGAUACCAGCGCUGUCGAAUGCCACCAUCGAGAUACCCGGUGAUAUUGUACAACAAGAUUAUCUGCUGAUAACCGUUAAGGCUACCGACAAUGACACCGAUGAGAAUGGCGUGCUCUCCUAUCAUUUACAAGUGAACAAUGAGAAUGUGCAGGAGACCGAUGAGUUCCGCAUCGAUGCAGCAACCGGUGAAUUGCGCACGAAGCGCGAGUUGAAUCGCAAGGAGCGCGCAAACUAUGACAUCAUUUUGGUGGCUCGUGAUGCUGGCAAUCCCACACCAUUUGAAACAUUACGCUUCCUUAGCAUUAGUAUUGUUGACGCCAAUGAAAAUCGUCCYGAAUUUCCGGAUGCUGCAAAUCCUUAUAAAAUCUCGAUCAAGGAGAAUAGUGGCCGCGAUGUCAAGAUUGGACGCAUACAGGCUACGGCGCGUAGCAAACACAAUAGGGAUGUCUAUUACUAUUUGUUGUUGGGCAAUGAAGAUAAUGCUUUUGUUGUGGAUAAAGCAACUGGCGAUAUUUACACGAACAAGAGUUUGGACAGAGAGGAUACCGAUUUCUACACACUUUACAUACUUGCAAGUAUCAAGUCAGACUUACAUAUAUCGGAAGAGGAGCGCGCUUCAUUUUCAAUAAAAAGCCUUGAACGUGACAAUACGGUGGCGAAAGUGUGGAUAACGGUACUCGAUGAAAAUGACAACGCGCCAAUAUUCGAAAAAGAGGUCUACUAUGCCGGCGUCAACGCCAAGGCGGCCGUUAACAGUGUCAUAACCGUUGUAAAUGCUACCGAUGCGGAUGAAGGCAARAAYGCCAAAAUCGAGUAUAUGAUUGUUGCUUCGAAUCUUUACAAAUUUGGCGCCACCAAGGCAACAGGUUCCAUAGUGCCAAGUCCAUUCUCAAUUUCCGCCGAUGGCCGCAUCACUACCGCCGCUUUCAUGGCUGAAUACAAUCAAGAUCGCUUUGAGCUGGAAGURAUUGCCAAAGAAUUGGAGCAACCACAGCAAAGCACACGUACCAAAGUCUAUGUAUGGGUAUUUGACUCCACGCAAUUAGUGCGUGUGAUACUCUCACGUCCGCCCGAGGAGGUGCAUCAAGAGCAGGAGGAAAUCAUCGCUGAAUUGCGCAAUGCAACKCAACAUCGCAUCAUUGUCGAUGAGAUACGCUAUCACGUGGAUGCCAUGGGCCGCAUACGCAUGGAUUGGUGUGAUUUAUUUUUCCAUGCUGUCGAGCCGCAUACGCAACAAAUCGCCGCUGUCGAUGAAAUAUUAAAAGUUAUCGAUGCGAAUUAUGAUUACCUGCGGGACUAUUAUGCYGGUUUUGCUAUUGAGAAUGUUGUGCCCGCUUAUAUCACUAUCGUGCAAGAUGAAUUUGAUUUGGCGGUGGCUGGUUUGGUGGCUUUGGUCAUUGUGCUCUUUGUGGGCGUCAUCAGUUUUGUUGUGCUGUGUUGUUGUCUCAAGCAUUGGAACCUUUCCGUGCCCGUAGAAAAUCGCCGCAAAGAGGCUUUAAUUAAGAAACAAAUAAUAGAGGACUUGAMUACCACAGAGAAUCCUUUGUGGAUAGAACAAAAACUCAAACUCUACGAGGAGCAAGAGUUGACGAUGCAGGUCUUCUCUGAACCCGACCAUAUUUCGAACUCGGAUUCACCAGCUCAGCUGGAGCACCAUGUGCCACAUCAUAGUGUUGUUGACAACACCUAUGCCACAAUACAGCCACGUAACGGUAAUCACAGCAAUCACGGCUUGAACAGCACAAGUGUGCAUAAUGCUGACAAUGUACUUGGUGUCAAUAUGAGCAAUAGCAAUGCGCUGGGACGUGUUCACGAUGCACAUAUUAAUGAAUUUGCCGAUUAUGCGACGUUGCGCAACAAUCGAGCGCCAUCGAUGUAUGAAUUCACUGGGUCCACUUUCCAAGCGCCCAUACGUGAGGGAGACGAUGCUGUGGCCGAGCUCAUUUAAAAUUCAACCCAUGCCAUGUGUAGAAGAACUGUGUAUAUGUAGAUCGUGUAAACGCUGGCAUUUACAGUUAAAAUAAUUACUUUUAAGUUAUUUUGUAAAUUACCAAUUGGCAUACAAUAUUGCUACCGAACAACUUGACACAUUACGAGCAAGAUAUUGCACAUUCAAGCAAAAUAUGAAUAGAAAAAUAAUUUUU